GCAGCCGGCCGGCCUUCUGUGGGCGGCCCGCUACUCUGGGCGUCUCUUUCUCCCUCUGAAAAUCAUCGUCCAAAGCAGCGCGUUAACAAUGUCGCAUCAGACAGGGAUACCCGCUACCAGGGAACUGAAGGACUUCUUUGCAAAGGCCCGCAAUGGAUCUAUUCGCAUUAUGAAGGUUAUAAUCAAAGAUGAGCAGUUAGUGUUGGGGAUGUACAAGGAGCCAUUACAGGCAUGGGACAGGGACUACGAUAAUUUCAUCCUUCCCCUGCUGGAGGACAUGCAGCCAUGCUAUAUCCUUUAUCGCCUCGAUAGCCAAAAUGCACAGGGCUAUGAAUGGCUCUUCAUUUCCUGGUCACCUGAUCAUUCCCCAGUCAGACAGAAGAUGCUGUAUGCAGCAACACGAGCCACUGUGAAAAAGGAGUUUGGUGGAGGACACAUUAAAGAUGAAUUGUUUGGAACAAUGAAGGAGGAUGUCUGUUUUAGUGGCUACCAGAAGCAUGUACUGUCCCGUUUGGGACCAGCGCCACUUACAGCAGCUGAGGAGGAGCUGAAGCAGAUUAAGAUUAAUGAGGAUUCUUCCAGCUCAAUGGUAAAGACUGAGAUCAGUGUUCAAAGUAAGCACCAGACAAUGCAAGGUAUUGCAUUUCCAAUCCAGGAAAGUGCCAUUACGGCUCUCCUCUUACUUAAGGAGAAGAAGAUAAAUUACAUACAACUGAAACUAGAUACAGAGAAGGAAACCAUCAACUUGGUGCAUACAGAUGUCACUGACGUCCUUGACUUACCAAAGAGAAUUCCAAGUAAUGCUGCUCGCUAUCAUUUCUUCCUCUAUAAGCACUCACAUGAGGGGGACUACUUAGAAUCAAUUGUGUUUAUCUACUCCAUGCCAGGGUACAAAUGCGGUAUUAAAGAUCGUAUGCUGUACUCCAGUUGUAAGGGACCUCUACUGGAUGUGGCAGAACAACAGCUACAACUGAAAGUCGUCAAAAAGAUCGAAAUAGACAAUGGUGAAGAGCUAACACCAGACUUCCUUUAUGAAGAAGUCCACCCGAAACAACACGCUUUUAAACAAGCUUUUGCAAAGCCAAAGGGACCGGCUGGAAAGCGUGGGAUGAAGCGGAUUAUCAAAGGAGGUGGCGAUGCAGAAAAUGGAGAGGAUGUUUAAAACAAAGACUGUCGGGUCUAAGGGACUUUGGACUGACUUUCUACUCUUUAACACUGAACUUAAAAUUUACAUUAGAAUAUAAAUUUACAUCAGUUGAACCUCCUUUAUUUUUGCCCUUUUCCUCCCAAAAUAUGAUAAGCACCUUUUAGACUUUUUAAUUAUUGCUGACGCUUGUUACAGAAUUUUUGGGAGAGUUUUUGAUUUGUACAAGGUCUGUCAUGAAAUGCAAAAUAAUUGGUGCAGUUUCAUGGCAACUUUGAAUUCACUGCCUGCUUUACUUGGCAAGAACACAAAUCAAUUUAACAUAUCCCAUUUACACUUUGGGAUUAGGAUCAGUGGGGAACCAGGCAAUCUCCACUGAAUCUGCUACUGAAUGCACUACAUUAUCCCAAACCAGACAUCCAACAAAGCAGACAUCCUACCAGGUUCCCAUCUCCGAGGGAGAUCUAAUGUGGUGCUUUUCAAGGUUUGACCAAAAGCAACAAAACAUAAUUUUUUAAUUUGAAUGACAAUAAAUGGGGGAGAAUGCAACUAUUUUCUUACAAACACUACACGCUGUUCACAUUCAGAAGUAAUAAAAAAUCCAUUAUCUAUUAGCAAUAGUGAUCAAAAUUGAAAACGGUUCCUGAAAAUUCAUAAACCAACUUUAAAAGACAGGUGUACAAAUCACUAAUAGACCACUGGGAAUCCAAAUCCACAAUACCAGGGGCUCAGAUAUGUGGAGGUUAAAUCCAUAAUCUCCAUUUGAACUUCCUCCCAACAUCUCAGAUACGUCGGUGCAUGUUCACCACAACAAAGUAAGCUUAUACUCUUCCAACAGAUUGUGAGGGAGGUGGAAUGCAUUACCAUAAUCUGUUACCAUGGAAAACAGACAUCAUUGCCAGAAAACAAAAGUUGGAUGGAAACAUCAGUCCGUGGAGUUAUUCCCAGCUCCCUUUUGCUGACAACUUUUGCUGGAUAUGUGAAGUAUUGGUUACAGUGGACAAUGACUUCCUAUUUUAUUUUCAAAGGAACAGGUGCCCAAUGUAGGCCAGUUUGGUACAUCAUACAUAUAUACCUAUUAUAUAUUAGGGUUCUGUACACAAAGGGUGCAGGAAUUUCGAUCAGUGUUCACAGCCUCCUGGUUCUGAACUUCUAUUUGUUUUGUUGUUGGAGGAGUGUAAGUUUCUACUCGAAGCUCACAUUGUGGUACUGUAAGUUAAUUCAUAAAAUGCACUUUGCUUCGGUAUAGCUGUAGAUGGAGAAUAUAUCUGAAUUUGCAGCUGUGGUGUCUGUGGAACUAGAACCAUAGCACUAAUUGAUUCAAGUAGAUCCAAAGGUGAAUUUAGAUAAGAGUCAAUGAAAAAGUGUACGUCAAGAGAGGCUGCGCUCUGCACCUUUCACCAACAUUUCUUUUUAAUGUGGAGUUUUGACCAUUUCUAAGUGAUAAUAAAUUAAUUUUAACUUGUGUAAA